CAACAAAACUGUGUCGUGAAUGUCGUGGUCGUGAUCAACAUUCUGCUUCAGUCCACUUCUACCACUUCAAGAGCACACUGUGCGUCACUAUAGUGUUUUAUAUACGAAAAAGAUGGCCACCAAUGGUGUCAAACAAAAUGACAUCCGUGCGGAAUACGUGAUGAUACCAACAAAUGAUCCAUCCACGUUGGAUACAGUGGCUGUGAAAGAUACUUCUAUACCAGGAGGUGUUGAGAAAGACCCACCGAAGAGAUGGAGGAAUUUGGUGGCUUUUUGGAUUCUUGGCUUGUGUAAUAAUUAUGGUUAUGUGGUGAUGCUCAGCGCUGCGCAUGAUAUUCUGAAAGAAGAAGAAGGCGGUGAUGAUAAUACUGAUUCGUUGUCGCGGAUGUUAAGAGGGAAUGGCACGUCUGCUUCGGAUAGGAAUUGUAAUGAGUUUUCGACGGGUGCUAUUCUCUUGGCUGAUAUUAUUCCCAGUUUGAUUAUUAAGUUCACGGCGCCGUUUCUUCCAUUUUAUGUGCAUGUACGACUGGUUCUAUGCGUUCUCUUAUCAGCUGGCGGUUUCCUGAUAGUAGCCUUCAGCACAAGCCAAUGGAUGUCAAUCCUCGGCGUCAUCUCCACAUCAUUAUGCUCCGGCCUCGGCGAAGUAACACUCCUACAAUACUCCUCAUUCUAUGACAAGAAUGUCGUGUCGACAUGGUCCUCGGGAACAGGCGGCGCUGGCGUGUUCGGUGCGCUCUCCUACGCCUUGCUGAAAAAUUUAGGCCCCCGCAAUGCCCUGCUGAUCAUGCUAAUUGUGCCGGCCGUAAUGGCCGUGGCAUUCUGGUUAAUAUUGAUGCGCCCCGACGAGCAGCCAGCCGUGUUGCAGCAGCGAGAAGUUGAACAACGAGAUGCAGAACAACCGCUGCAAGCGCUCCGGACGAAAAUCGGAAAAGUUCCAGGGUUGAUGAAGUACAUGAUUCCACUCGGAUUGGUUUAUUUGUUUGAAUACUUCAUUAAUCAGGGUCUUUAUGAAUUGCUACAAUAUGCUGACACGUUCCUUGACUACAGUGAGCAGUAUGUGUGGCUGCAAGUCGAUUAUCAAAUCGGAGUGUUCCUCUCGCGUUCGUCGGUGAAUCUCUUCCACGUGAAACACAUCUGGUUGAUGUCUGUGUUCCAACUUGCCAAUGUGUUCAUCUUCAGCGCCGACGCGAUAUUUUACAUCUUCCCGAGUUUCUAUAUUGUGCUGGCAUUGGUGCUGUGGGAAGGUGUGCUUGGCGGUGCUGCGUAUGUGAAUACUUUUUAUAAAAUAUCAUCGGAAGUACCCGAAGAAGAGAAACAAUUCUCGAUGGGUGUGACGAGUUUUGCCGAUUCCAUCGGAAUCACGCUCGCUGGUGUCUUCGCCAUGUUGGCGCACGACGCCAUCUGUAAAACAGACAGGCCCGAGCGAUAUUAGAAGGUAAUUGAGGUUAGAAGUGCUCACGUAUUUUGUACAAACUGUGUUUUUGGCUAUUCGUACUUGUUUUACUUUAGAGUUUAGAAAUAUUUUUAGACAUUUACAUUUUUACGGUGAAAUAUUUAAUAAACAUGUUUUUAAAUAUU